AUGGCACAUAGAAAAUGUCCACGUAGUGGUUUAUACGAUACAGCACCAUCGGUGAAUUUCUUCUCAACAACUCCUGAUUAUUGGUCUGAUUCGUCAAAAGAUCAGUGCGAUUCCAAAAUCGUUGUGAAAAUGAGUUCGCGACUCAAUGGUACACCAGCGCAUCUUCUCGAUGCCACACUAAGCGAAAGAACAGAGGCACGAAUCGCCUGUCGUGAAACCUCGAAGAUUGUGAAUCGUGAAUGUUUUCGCGAAGUGUUUUGUACAUAA